UUAAGAAUUGACUUGUAAAUACACGUAGUCUGUCCAUCUCCCUUUCUUCUUCUGUUUCUAUAACAGGUUUAUUCUGUUUCUUGAUUCCUUCAAUGACAGACCACUGAAUUUGAAGUGUUAGUAUUGUCUCUUUUUGUAGUUCUUUGCUGUUGUUGUACGGUCCAGCUGUGUUUCCGUGUGCCAUGCCAUGCCUUUAACUUAUACUGGUUAAGGUCCAGGGUUCGGAUUUUUUACAAGGGGAUAUUGUUUAUUGUUCAACACCAAUUUGUUGUUUUUGUUGAGCGAGCAAGCACAAAUUGGGAUGUGAAGAUCACUCACCGGAACCCAUGAUAAGGUCUUUCAAUGGGGUCCCUAAACGUGGAGAAGAAAUGGGUUUUCCCUCUUGUCAUAAGCUCUCUCAUAUGUCUAUUCCUUUUAGCAACUUGUUUCAACAUGGGUCUUGUUUCUUCACUGCAUACAAUCAAUCAAAUCUUCAACAUCUUCCCAUUUCGUACCAACCAGACAAGUCAAGGUUACGCUGAAAAAAAAUUCUCCCUAUCUCCUUCCCCUCCUCUCCCUUCGAAGAUCCCUCGAUUUGCCUAUCUGGUCUCUGGGUCUAAAGGUGAUUUGGAAAAGCUCUGGAGAACUCUUCAUUCGCUUUACCAUCCCCGGAACGAAUAUGUUGUUCAUCUGGACCUUGAGUCCCCUGCAGAGGAAAGAUUGGAGCUUGCAUCGCGAGUGGAAAAGCAUCCGGUUUUCUCAAAGGUGGGAAAUGUUUAUAUGAUCAGCAAAGCCAAUAUGGUUACCUAUAGAGGACCCUCCAUGGUUUCUAAUACACUUCAUGCUUGUGCAAUUCUUCUCAAAAGGAGCAAAGAUUGGGAUUGGUUUAUCAAUCUCAGUGCUUCUGAUUAUCCUCUUGUAACUCAAGACGAUCUUAUUCACACAUUUUCAACUAUAAACCGAAAUCUAAACUUUAUUGAGCACACAAGUCAGCUGGGCUGGAAAGCGGAGAAACGAGCAAUGCCUUUGAUUGUGGACCCUGGUCUUUACUCGACAACUAAAGCAGAUAUUUACGGGGCCACGCCACAGAGAUCGUUGCCAACAGCAUUCAAAUUAUUCACCGGUUCAGCAUGGAUGGUUCUCACACGCUCGUUUGUUGAAUACCUAAUUUGGGGUUGGGAUAAUCUACCACGAACCUUGUUGAUGUAUUACACAAACUUUGUUUCCUCACCUGAAGGAUACUUUCACACAGUAAUAUGCAAUGUACCAGAGUUUGCCCAAACUGCAGUCAGCCAUGACUUGCACUACAUUGCUUGGGACAAUCCUCCCAAGCAGCAUCCUCACACCCUCACCAUCAAUGACACAAACAAGAUGAUUGCGAGUGGUGCUGCCUUUGCCAGAAAAUUCAAAGGAGACGAUCCUGUCUUGGAUAAGAUUGACAAAGAUUUACUUCACCGGAAGAAUGGGAGCUUCACUCCGGGUGGAUGGUGCUCUGGCAGUCCCAAAUGCUCUGAGGUCGGGAACCUGGACGAUAUUAAACCUGGCCCUGGAGCUAGCAGACUGAAACGCCUCAUAUCUAGGGUAGCUUUGUUUACAACGCUUAAACAAAACCAAUGUAAAUAGAUUUCCCAAAAGUCUCUUGCUUGCAGGUGGAAAAGGACUCAACUUCAUUCUACAUGCCAGAAAACAGCUUAUAAAAAACUUGUUUGAGAAAAGAACCUUGAUGCUGAAGAUGCACCAAAGGCCUCCUCCUUUGCUAGAAUCUAAGGUAGGUAAGUUUUUCAUUACAAACCUGGUGCGGUGGUCGGGAUCUAUUUUUGCACGUUGCCUUUCUUUAACUUGUACUCUCUUUAGACCUAUUAUACUACACGUCCUGGAAAUUUUCCGGAGUACCUCUCUUUCUCCUAUUUCUUUCAUGACAGUGAAAUUUUUGGUUCCCAAUAAUUUGAUAAUUUAUUGUCUACAGUGUAGAAUCUUGGAUAUUCAUGUUUAAGAUAACAACAUGAAGACUCAAUUACCACAGCAGAAUUUGCUCUACCAUUUUUCAGUCAUGUCAUCAGAAUGUGAUGCUAAGCAUGGAAGAGAUCAAGAGAUGUGCUUCUAUUUCAUCUUUCUGAUAAACCUAUGAUCCAAAUUACACAUAAUUAUAUUGUUAUUAUUUGGGA